GUUAACAUCAUGUUCGUACUACUAUCUUCAAAUAAAGUGAAUUUGAGAACAUGAGAAAGUGAAUGAAACAAAAUUUUGCACUUAAAAAUAUUAACUAAUAAUAUUAAAUAAUGCAUAACCGCAAUUAAUUUUACUGAAUUGGUACCUGAAGUAAACAAAUUAUUUAACCGACAGCAAAAAAUUGCAUAUAUAACAAAUUAAACGCUGGUUUCGUAAAAAUGGUAACAUGCAAAGUGGAUACAGUCGCUGUUCCGAAAAUGAAUUCUAUACGUACUCGUAAGCCGUCAAGCAGCAACUCUUCUGGUAUUCGACUUCUGGAAGGAGAUCAUCUUGAAACCUCUUCAAGCGUUAGCAGAAAUUCAAUAUACAAACUUAAAAUUGAUCUAAUGUACGAUGAUACGAGAUCUGUGCGAAACAAUCGAUUGGACGAUCCUCGCGGUUCACAUAGAACGCGCUCAAUUAUUAUGUACGGUCGUAGUGAACUUGCAAGCACUGCUGGAGAGAGUUCACGUUCAAUAACAAGUUUUCUUCAAGACUCUAAAGAAAAUUCGAAGGUCUUAGCUGACACCACCAAAAAAGAUGUUCAGCGUAUCAGUAAUAGCGUUCAGGCUCAAAUCGAGCAAUUAUUUACUGAUGUUGCUAAAGAUGCGACAAGUAGCUUCGCAGUAACUUGUUUAGGAUCUUUGCCACUAAAAGAUAAAGUAACAAGUCUACAAGGCCUACAACAACCUUUGCGUGAUCUUUAUUUAAAAGAGAAACAUCCUGAGGAACGUUAUUCGGGAUUUUUGGAUAUUUGCGCAACAGGCUUACGAAUAAAAAUGAAUGCUAUAUCGUACUCACCUUCGAAUUAUAAGACCAAUGUAAAUAAGGACGAAAAUAUAACACCAUUUCACAAUAUUGCAGUAUGGUCUGCUGUAAAAUUUGUUGUUUCAGAGGAGGAUGGAGGCGCUGCAUUUUUGCCAUUAAUAACUGAUCCACAAAAUAUUGAUAAAUCUUUAUUGUUUGAACCGUUAAGUCCAGCAGCAAAAAAUCGGUUUUCCAACAGCUCUCAUUCACCAAUAUUUGCAGUUGUAAUGCGAUCUGCUGGUCUCCCGAAGGUGCUUGAAUGUCACGGUUUUAUUUGCAAGAGCACUGAAGAUGCCAUUGUGAUUGCAGCUACAUUAUAUCAAAGCCUAAUGGCACAUGUGCAUUCUGAUACGCAUCGCAGUAAUAAACGUCGAACACCACGCAAUCAAAAUGGUGUGAGCUGCAUUAGUAUUGCUAGUAGUUCAGCUUUGACUGGUUCCAAUUAUCUCACACGUUCUCAAGUACUUCCUAGUGGUCGCAAAAGUUCAUUUCGCAGUUCAAACGGUAGUAUCACGGGUCCGCCAACAUCUGCCCGUUCUACACGCAAAAAACGCAUUCCAAGUAACUCUCUUGGUGCUAGCAGUAAUGUAAUUAAUGAAAUUGUUGAAACAUCAACCGAGGAACGAAAACGUAGUUCAUAUAAAUCAAAGCGUGCUCCACCGAUACCAACUAUUACGCAUGAUCCUCUUCACGGCAAUGGUAGUUAUAAGACUGUUUCAACAAAUAAUGCAUCAAAAGCAUAUUUAGACAAUUUUAACGGCAGCUAUAAAAAUAGUUCACGACUGAAAAACUUAAGUGACAAAGUUUAUUGCUCUUCAAAUAUGAUUGAUAAUGAGGCAGGAGUUGCAACAUCUUCAUCAAUGGGUAUGCGGAAUGAAUCAAAUGGAGAUAUUUUAACAAGAGUAGCAAUUCCGAGAUCAGGUAGUUUUCUUAAUACAGGAGGUUUAACUAGAUAUAAAUCUAGAGCUGCACGUCGACAGUCCGACAAGCCGGGCGGAGGUGGCGGAGGCGGUGGUUCACCACUUGGUUUCAGCGAAUUAUUUAAUGAAUUUCGACUUAACGAAAACUUACAUUCAUUGGAUGAUAUCUUAUAUGCCAUAAUUGAUGCCGAUGGGAUGUCUUUUAAUAACUUAAAACCAAUUUAUAAAGAAUUUUUAUUAAAGCUGGCAGUCACUCUUACAAAAGAUGAGCUAUUUCAGCGAUCAAAGAAUAUCAUGAAGAGACAAAAGAAAAAAAAACUAAAGAAAAAGACUAGCUCUAUAGGAUCCCAGAAACCCACGAAAACGAUAAUUUUUGGUUCAAAAAGUUUAAAAAAGGUUUUUCAGUUGGGACAGUUUCGCUCUUGUCGUGGAAAGCCACCGAAGCCCCCUCGUCAUAAAGAAAAGGAAUACAAAAGAAAAUCUGGACUUCCUCCAAAUAUUGGACCUCCGGUACCAAUAUCAUCUAUGCAACAGCAUCAAACUCGGCAACGCAGUCGAGUAGCAACCAGUGGUUCAGAUGUUUCAGGUGCUCACAAUGAGAAUACGUUCCGCGGUAUAAAUAGGAACAGUAGCAGUGGCUACGUAUCGUGUUCCGAAUGCAGUUAUGAUUCAGAAGCCUGUACUUGUAAAUCCGCUGACCGUUGUUACUGCAGUCUACGUACUGAGCUAGCAAAUGAAAAGAGAAACAGAAAAAACAAACAGAAGUCAGCCAUUUCAAAAUCAUUCAAUAGCAAGAAUCUUAUAAUGCAUACGCCAACUAUAGGUAACAAUAUAAAUCGCCACUCACUCAUUUCUUGUAAGUCCGAUGACAAAUGCUACUGCUCAAUGGUUGAAGAAGAACUGCAAACAGCAGAUGAAUCUCUUCAUUCGCAAUCUGAUACCACCUGGUGUGAUACUGAUAGUUGCGUUAGUGCGAGCAAAUGCUACUGUAAACGGAACGAACUAGGUGGAAGACCAUUGAGUUUAGAAAAUAAAUCAGCAAAUCGUCGUCAGUCACAUUCCGUGCCACGUAAGUCUUCUGAUAAACUAGCACUAGAUUACGAAUUAUUUACAAUAAAUGGAAAUACUAAGCCAGUACAACCUCAUGAAGCUUUGAGUGUUAAAAAAAGCGUCGAGGCUGCCGCUAUAUUUGCUGAUGUUAAACUGAGCCAAACUACAGAUAUUAAGAGCCUCUGUUCGUCAUCUCUAACAGAACCCAAUAUUUCGGAUUUGAAGACAAUAGACAGUGAAGCACACAUAUCCUAUUUAAAUAAAUUAUCCAAUUUAAAUAAAAAAACGGACUCAAUCAGUGUUAGAAGAAAAAAUGAAGAAAAACAAUUGCUUCCAUUGUAUUCAUGCUCUUCACAAAAGUCGUAUAGUGCAGAUGACCUACUUGCUAAGCUAAGUUCCAUUGAAAAGGUGGCUGGAAAUGGAUCUUCUAUCAAAAGUACAUCUAGUAAACAUUUAAAACAAGCUACUUAUCAAUCAAUGCGUGCUGUAAGCUCCUCGUUAGAAGACACUUUAGGUUAUUUGCCAUAAAUAAAAAAACUUGAGAACCUGCAUUUAUUUAUUAUAAGAAAUAAUCAUUUUAAACUAGUACUUUAUUUCUACAGUUAAAUUUUCGGCUUAUGUUUCUUA